CAAGACUGUAAUCCAAAUCAGCGAUGGGGCCAUUAUCUCGUCGUUAUCAGCUUCUUCUUCUCUGCUUCUUGAUUGUUGUUCAGAGAGCAGUUACGGCUUCGACAGAUCCUUCAUGGCCGGCUUCAGCGCCACUCAAACGCAGCAGUUUUCCACAUGGUUUUCUCUUUGGGACGGCCUCAGCUUCUUAUCAGUACGAAGGCGGAGCCAAGGAAGGUGGCAGGGGCCCAAGCAUAUGGGACACCUUCACUCAUAAAUAUCCAGGCAAAAUAAAGGAUGGCAGCAAUGGAGAUGUGGCCAUUGAUUCGUACCAUCGAUAUAAGGAAGAUGUUGGGAUUAUGAAAGAAAUGGGUCUGGAUGCUUACAGAUUCUCAAUCUCAUGGUCUCGAAUAUUACCCCGUGGAAAACUAAGCGGUGGAGUGAAUAAAGAAGGGAUUAAAUACUAUAAUAACCUCAUAAAUGAGCUCCUAAGGAAAGGAAUAAAGCCCUUUGUGACUCUAUUCCAUUGGGAUCUUCCCCAAGCCCUGGAAGACGAAUAUGGUGGUUUUCUAAGUCCAAAAAUUGUGGAUGACUAUCGAGAUUAUGCAGAAGUUUGCUUUAGAGAAUUUGGUGAUAGAGUGAAGCAUUGGAUCACAUUGAACGAGCCAUGGUCAUAUACCACGGCUGGGUAUGCGACUGGUCUCUUUGCUCCGGGCCGAUGCUCCUCUUGGCAGCAAUUAAAUUGCACCGGCGGAGACUCGGCGACGGAGCCAUAUAUGGUGGCGCACCACCUGCUUCUGGCUCACGCGGCUGCAGUUAAACUGUACAGACAAAAAUAUCAGGCAUCUCAAAAGGGCAAGAUUGGAAUUACACUGAUCUCACAUUGGAUGGUGCCUUUCUCUGAAGCAAGGCUCGACCGGCAUGCUGCACAAAGGGCCCUUGACUUCAUGUUUGGCUGGUUUAUGGAGCCCAUAACAAGGGGUGAUUAUCCGCAUUCAAUAAGAAGCCUUGUGGGGAAGAGGCUUCCAAAGUUCACAAAACAGCAGAAGGAGAUGGUGAAAGGAUCAAUGGAUUUUCUUGGACUCAACUAUUACACUGCUAAUUAUGCCGCACAUUCACCAUACUCCAACCAACUUCACCCUAGUUAUUUAACGGAUCCUCUCGUUAAUCUCACAACUGAGCGGAAUGGGAUUCUCAUUGGUGCAAAGGCGGCUUCAGACUGGCUCUAUGUUUACCCCAAAGGCAUUUAUGAUAUUCUUCUAUACACAAAGGAAAAAUAUAAUAAUCCGCUUAUUUACAUUACAGAGAAUGGUGUUGACGAGGUGAACAAUGCUACACUCUCACUUGAGGAAGCCCUUAUGGACUACAUGAGGAUUGAAUACUACUACAGCCACCUCUCCUUUCUUCUCCAAGCCAUCAAGGAUGGCGUUAAUGUGAAAGGAUACUUUGCAUGGUCGCUACUGGACAAUUUCGAAUGGGCUUCAGGCUACACUGUUCGUUUCGGCAUCAACUAUGUAGACUACAAGAAUGGUUUGAAAAGAUAUCCAAAACUUUCAGCCAAAUGGUUCCAGGAUUUCCUCAAGAAGAAGAAUUAGUAGGAGUAUUAAUUAAUUAAUGUAUGAUUCCAAAUUAAAUAAUGUAAUCUUUCAACUGCCAGCCGACGACUAUAUAUACAAAUAAGGCAGUCUCUUCUCUGUACUUAAUUUAAUUAUUAUACGGACGUAAUUAAGGUUUGAUUUUAGUCACUUAA